UUGGUUCCAAAGGUCCCCUUCCAACAUUCCACCUGCUUCACGCACAGCCAAUAGACGGGAACUGGACUGCAGAAAGAAACAUGUCGCGACGGAAACGUCAAAACAAAAAGCCAUCUAAGUUUGCAUCAGAAGACCUGACAAGAAUAAUCGAAAAUGUCGAGUUUCAGUCAGAUGAUGUGGAGGGGGAGAGAGAGGGCCGGAGAGAAAAGAGAGAGGGGAGGCCGUGGGAGACAGACCCAGGGACAAGAGGCAAUCCGAUGACUGAGUGUGAGCGCGUGAACGGUCCUACUCCGAAGACGUCCAAACAAGUUCACAUCGUCUUCCUCCCCGACAGAUACCAAACUCUCAUAGAGGAGGUGGAGGACAGCGAGGGAAGAGAGGAGGAGGAGAGGAAAAAACAGGCGAAGGAGGAGAGAAAAAAGGAGAAACACAAGAAGUACAGAAAG